AUGGGGGGCGAGGAUGCCAAUGGGAAGAAGAGCGAUUCACGGAAACCGCCAGGUAGCAGCUAUCCGGAGAAAAAGGAGGGCAUGAAGCUUUGGGGAAUUUUAAUCUUUGGUGUAAUUGGUGCCACAGCCACCACUUUCGCUGUUAGUCAGCUGCGGAGAACUGUUGAUUGGUUUUACGUGCAGUUAACGAGAUCGCAAUCAUCUUUUAAAGGAGGUAAGGCUGGCUCCUUCCGAUCUGCUUUUCAAGAGGAAGCAUAUAGGAGGUAUAAUCGUCGAAUGCAAGAAGAAUACGAAGAAGAGAUGGAGAGAGUUGAGCGAAUUAGGCGUAUGCAAAGUGUGUUUAAUCGUGAGAGAAAUAAACAUAGAAGAGGGUACGAGAGCUGGAAGGAAACUGAAGGAGGAUAUCAUCAGCAUUUCCAACGUGAUGAUUGGUACUGGAAGACUGACACAUCUUUCCGGGAUCAUAGCAACAAUAACUUUAGGAGACCUCCAAGAGACAACAUGCCUCCUAUGAUGUCACACCAUUACUCAGUUCUGGGGCUUGACAGGUCAAGAACAACUGCGUAUACAGAUGCCGAGAUUAAGACGGCAUUCAGGAAAAAGGCCAAGGAGUUCCAUCCAGAUCAGAAUCAAACUAACAAAGAGGCUGCUGAAGUAAAAUUCAAACAGGUAAUGACGUCGUAUGAGGCCAUUAAGCAAGAAAGGAAGAGCAUGAAAUGA